CACCUCUCUCCAUUUCGUUCUAGGUGAACAGAACUCCUCUGCAAAAAGUAUAUGAUGCUGUCGCUACUUUUCUGUAUUCCAGUGCUCAUUCUGAGUCAGGGUGCUGAUUCCCAGCAGAAGCAGCGAAGAGGGACAGGUGUGGCAGAAAGAAGGCAAUUCUGUAGCUGGCCGUGUAAAUGUGGUGUCCGAGCGCAGUGCGCCCCAGGUGUCAGCUCUGUUUUGGAUGGCUGUGGAUGCUGCAAAACAUGUGCACAACAAAUUGGGAAGUCAUGCAAUGAGAGGGACAUCUGUGACCCGCACAAAAGCUUGUACUGCGACUUUUCCAAAGACCAGCCACGUUAUGAGGUUGGCGUCUGUUCUUACAUGAUGGGGGUGGGUUGUGAUCUCAACGGGGCUCACUAUGACAAUGGACAGGCCUUCCAGUCCAGCCCACUCUACAAGUGCACUUGCAUCGCUGGAGCUAUUGGCUGUACUCCUGUCUUCAUUGAGAAACCUGCAGGGAUGCUGAGUGCCACUGGCCUUCAGGGCAAAACACCAGCAGGUCUCAAGAGUAACAGUAGCCACAAACAUCAGCAAGACACCACCUACAGGACCAUGUCAGCUUACAGGGAUCCUCCUUUAGCCUGGAAGAAGAACUGCUUAGUGCAGACUACACCCUGGUCAGCAUGUUCACGCACCUGCGGCAUUGGCAUUUCUGUACGGGUCAACAAUGACAACAGCAAGUGCGAGAUGAGAAAAGAGCGCAGACUUUGUCUUCUCAGACCGUGUGAGAAGAAAGCUCUGAAAGGGAUGAAGAUGCCAAAAGGAAAGACCUGUAGACCGAAAUUCCAGGAGAAUAAAGCUGAGAAGCUGGUUCUGUCUGGCUGUACCAGUGUUAAGAAGUACCGGCCGAUGUACUGUGGCAUCUGCACGGACAAACGCUGCUGCAUUCCCAAUAAGUCAAAAAUCGUGAAGAUAGAGUUCCGCUGCAAAGGAGGAUCCAAUGUACUAUGGAAAAUGCAGUGGAUCAUUUCCUGUGUGUGUCAAAAGAAGUGUAAUGAUCCCGAAGACAUGUUUUCAGAACUACACUUAAUAUAAAACAGACACGAAGACAGAAAUCUGGGGGAUGAUCAUUCUGAAAUUGUACCUGAGGUUUUCUAUAAUAUGUGUGCUAUUAAAACUUUAUACGCACAGGAAGGAAAACAUGGCCAAUACAUUGCUGUUUACAGAUUCUAAAUGUUUGUCUUAAAUUGUUUAGCCCUAAAGGUAUUUUUGUCUUUAUGAAUUGAUUUGAACAUGUCAAAUGUGUUAACACGUCAAACAUUGCAUCUGGAUAAUGUGCCUUCACAACAUCUCAGUCACAAAACCCCUGUGAGUGUGAGACGAUG